AUGUCUCCGAGCAACAACCUCCGGGCAAUGCUGCUCAGACCUUCCAUGACCGGCUUGACGACGAAGUCCUCUACGGCAACCCUUCUCCCUCAAUCAGCACGCACAAGCUUGAUGAUUUCCGGCUUUCGACGAGCAGCUUCUACCUCCCCUGAAAACCAACAACAACCGCAGCAAAAAUCACCAACCCCUCUUUCCUCGAUACCCACACCCACACCCACAACCGCAGUAGAAGCCAAAGCCACACCUCCCUCCCUCCGCAGCUACCCCUACACCCUCAAAGUCGGCACCGUGUCCUCUGUUGGCAAGAUGGAUCGCACCGUUCGCGUCGCCCACCGUCACACCUUCUGGGACAAGCACCUCCGCAAGUCUUACCCACAAGUCACCAACUUCCUCGUCUCGGACCCGCGCAACUCCCUACGCGAGGGUGACGUGAUUGAGUUUUCGUCUGGGUUUCCGAAGAGCCGCAAUGUGCACCAUGUCGUUGAGCGGAUCGUUGCGCCGUUCGGGAGCGGGAUUGAGGAGCGGCCGCCGGUGAUGUCGCGGGAGGAGCGUGAGGCAGUCCGUGAGCAAAAGAGGGCUGCUAAAUGGGAACGGAGGGAAAAACGGUUCGAGAGUGGUGAUGAGGAUUCGGGGGUGAAGGAGCAUGUGGGUAGGAUUCGGAGUUUGAUUCUGGAGAGGGAGGCAUAUAUGUGA